CCGAGAGAGGGGGAGGGAGGAGUCUGCAGAAGGAACAGCGACUGCCUUUGCGGUCUCCGCUGCUGCAGCUCCGUCCGCUCCUUGUCGGCGUCAGCGAAGUGAUUGGAGUGCCGCUCACUUACCUCCAAAGGAUUCGGCCUUUUUGUACAGUUGCGCAUUCAAGGGUUGCAGGAAACUUCUGAAAAGAAAGAACAGACAACAUGUGAGUUCAUCUUUACAGGACUCGCCAGACUGAAGUCAGAAAACAGGCACAAACUGUGUUGCAGGUGACCCAAUUGAUGAAGAAGGAGAUGGAAGAGAAGGGCUCAAAAGGAUCUGGACCUGGCAAGAGAGCUGGGAGUGGUGUUGCAUUCUGGGAGGGAGCCGUGCCAGAGAUUCAGGGUCAGGAGCCCCUGAACUCAGAAGUACUUUGCCGACGCUUCCGGGAGUUCUGCUACCGUGAUGCUGAUGGGCCCCGAGAGGUUUGCAGCCAGCUCCAUGGACUUUGCAACCUCUGGCUGAAGCCAGAGAGGAACUCCAAGAAGCAGAUCCUGGACCUGGUGAUCCUGGAGCGGUUUUUGACCAUCCUGCCCCCAAAAAUGCAGCGCUGGGUCAGAGGAUGUGGGCCAGAGACCAGUUCCCAAGCGGUGGCCCUGGCCGAAGGUUUCCUCCUGAGUGAGGCAGAGGAGAAGAGGCAAGAAGAACGGAGGUGGGAUCUAUCCGUGAAAAUGGAAACAAAAUUUUCUCAGAUGGAAGGAAGUCCAUUGGAAGAAGGGAAGCCAGCUCAGGCCCAGGAGCGUACCCAAGAUGACCUCUUGUGUGGCAGUGAAGAGGCAUUGUUGAUCCGCUCUCUUUGUGGAGGGAUGGAAACCAUUGCUGCAGCUCCAGUCCAGUCUCUGAUUUGCUUUGAGGAGGUGGCCGUGUAUUUCACGGAGGCAGAGUGGGCAUUGCUGGAUCCAGACCAAAGAGCUCUUUAUGAGGACGUCAUUUUGGAGAACUAUGGGAGCGUAACCUCUUUGGCAGAACACAUAGAGGAGACAGUUGGGAGAUUUCAGCAGUUCUCUGUGGAAAAAACCAAGGAUGAAGACUCCAAAGCAAACUUUGGAGAUGGAGAUGGACCACAGAGACAGGAGGGAAGCCAUUCAGACAACAGAAGGAAUAAGUCCGUUUUACCCCAUGGGGGAAGCUUCUGUGAAAUCCCAGUUGAAGAAGAAACAUCAAGCAAAACAAGAAGGAACAAAGACCUCCAUUCUAACCAGAGAAUCCACUCCAGGGAAAAUGAAAACGAAAGGUUGGCCUUUGGAAAGACCUUCAGUGAGAAUAUCAGUCUUAUUUCCAAGGAGCAAAUCCCCUCAGCAGAGGAACCAUAUGAUUGCAUGAAGCGUGGAAGGACCUUCAGUCGGGAAUCAGUCCUCGCUUCUCAUCAAAGAAUUCACUCAGCAGGGGACAAGCAGUGGAAUGUGGGAAAGGAGGAACUGCAUCAGCUAUUGCCAGGAAAGGGGAAGGAUGAAGAUUUGAAAGGCAGCAUUAGGAAUCAAGGCAGACCAAAGAGGCAAAAAGAAAGUCACAUGGUCGAGAUAAGAAAUAAACCCAUUCUUGACCAUGGGCAGAAUUUCUGUGAAUUGAGUCACAUGGUGGAGGAAGCAUAUAAGUGCUUGGAGUGUGGAGCAACCUUCACAGAUAAAAACCAAUAUGAGAUCCAUUUGGAAAUACACAGUGGAAGGAAAACCCAUCAAUGCUUGGAUUGCGGUAAAACUUUUCUUUGCAGAUUAAAAUUCCUUAGGCAUCAGAGAACACACAAAAGAGAUAAGCCUUCUAUCUGCUCAGACCGUGGCAAGGACUUCUCACAAAACUCAGAACUUUUUCCACACCAAAAGAUACAUUCAAGAGAGAAACCAUUCAAUUGCUCAGAGAGGGGAAUGACCUCUGGUAGAAGGGAGGGGAAUGUAGAUCUUCUGAAGCGCAGUAUAAUGAGGGCACAUAAAUGCUUUCGGUGCGGGAAAUUCUUCAGUGGCCGAUCACAUCUCCUUGUGCACCAAAGAACCCACAAAGGAGAAAAACCUUUUGAACGCUCAGAGUGUGGAAAGAGAUUCAGUCACAGUAGCACUCUUCAACAGCAUCAAAAAACUCACAAAAAGGAGAAACCUUUUAAAUGCCAAAAGUGUGGAAAGAGAUUCAGUCGGAGUAGCACUCUUCAACUGCAUCAAAGAAUUCACACAAAGGAGAGACCUUUUGAAUGCUCAGAGUGUGGAAAGAGAUUCAGUUGGAGUAGUGGCCUUCAACAGCAUCAAAGAACUCACACAAAGGAGAGAAAUUUUGAAUGCUCAGAGUGUGGAAAGAGAUUCAGUCGGAGUGGCCAUCUUCAACUGCAUCAAAGAACUCACACAAAGGAGAAACCUUUUGAAUGUUCAGAGUGUGGAAAAAGAUUCAGUCAGAGUGGCCAUCUUCAACGGCAUCAAAGAAUUCACACAAAGGAGAAACCUUCUGAAUGCUCAGAGUGUGGAAAGAGAUUCAGUUUCCAUUACAUGCUUCUAAAGCAUCAAAGAAGCCACAUAAAGGAGAGACCUUUUGAAUGCUCAGAGUGUGGAAAGAGAUUCAGUCAAAGUAGCAACCUUCUAGAGCAUCAAAAAACCCACACAGGGGAGAAACCUUUUGAAUGCUCAGAGUGUGGGAGGAGAUUCAAUAAAAGUACAAAUCUUCAACAGCAUCAAAGAACUCACACAAAGGAGAGACCUUUUGAAUGCUCAGAGUGUGGAAAGAGAUUCAGUCAGAGUGGUGGUCUUCAACAGCAUCAAAGAACUCACACAGGGGAGAGACCUUUUGAAUGCUCAGAGUGUGGAAAGAGAUUCAGUCAGAGGAGCAAUCUUCUAGAGCAUCAAAGAAGCCACACAGGGGAGAAACCUUUUGAAUGCUCAGAGUGUGGGAGGAGAUUCAGUAAGAGUACAAAUCUUCAACAGCAUCAAAGAAUUCAUACAAAGGAGAGACCUUUUGAAUGCUCAGAGUGUGGAAAGAGAUUCAUUCAGAGUGGCGCUCUUCAACAGCAUGAAAGAACUCACACAAAGGAGAGACCUUUUGAAUGCUCAGAGUGUGGAAAGAAAUUCAGUCGGAGUGGCACUCUUCAAAGGCAUCAAAGAAUUCACACAGGGGACAAACCUUUUGAAUGCUCAGAGUGUGGGAGGAGAUUCAGUCAGAGUAGUAGUCUUAAAAGUCAUCAAAGAACUCACACAAAGGAGAGACCUUUUGAAUGCUCAUAGUGUGGAAAAAGAUUCAGUGAGACAUCAGAGGACUCACACCAAAAGUGACUGGCUAGGAACCAAGAAGUUUGAACCACAAUGACUAAAAAUAAUAUUAUAAAUAUAAUUUAUUCUUAAGUGCAGUUGCCCUUUAAAGGAGUUAAAAAUGUAAGCCUGAAAAUGUAAAAGACAUACAUUUAAAAAUCACACAAAACUGCUCAAUUGGUUGCACUGUAAAAACCAGCAAAACCAUAUGUGUAUCGUCCCUUCUUCAGUGGUCAUAAUACAGUGCUAUUAAUAAGGCUGCAACCAAUUUGAAACUUUCUUAUACCAAUUUUUUUAAAGAUGGCAUUAACUGAAAUAGACAACCUUCUAUUUCACAGAAUUUUUUAGCUAGAUAUACCCUCAUGCAUAACUGUACAGUGUGCCCUGCAAAUUUGCUCUUGGUGUUAUCUUGGUUUAAAACGGAGAUAUUACUGCUAUUUUCUUUUGCCUUCAAGCCUCUUGCAAUUCUUAUAAGAGCAAAUGCUAUGAUUAGGGGAAUGGAUGAAGGUACUUCAAAUGAGUCUUAUUUGAAGUGAAUUUUUCUUGUGUGCUAGAAAGUAGGCUUGAAGAUUCGGGUACAACAAAUACCAGAUUCGGCCUGAAUGGGCAAAUUUUGGCAUAUUCGGGCCAAAAUCAGCCGAAUAUGUCCUGCCCGAAUAUAAACGAAUUCGAAUGCAAGGUAUUUUGGCUUUUGGGAGGGG